CCUUCUUUCUUAUGUAAGUGUCUCUGAUUUCGAGGCCUUCCUUUCACACUCUUCUGAAACAAAACAAAAACAAAAAAAAUGCUCUAAUAUCCAUUUAGCAACAACAAUGGCUAAAACCCUAACCGUGAAACCGUUUUAACCAAUCUUCGCAUUCGCCAUGAGCCACGACGUCGAUCAUCAUCUGACGGAGCUUUCAGGUUCCUCCCUAAGCAUUCCCUCGGACAAUGACUUUCACUUCUACUCCAACUUCGCCGAAUUCAAACGCCCAAUCGAAGAAAUCGCGAGGAAAACGCACUCCAUGCUCGAUAAAAUCGGCUCCUCCGAGCAUAUUUGGGGCAGAGGUGCGGCUUUUCCCGUCGACAUCGAUGAUGCUUUUGAAUGGCUCGGCAACACGAACGACGAGGUUUUUGAGCUGGUUGAUGAGUUGUUGGAUGAGUGUUGGAAGGUUGAGAAGGAACGGGAAAAUGUGUUUGGGUUGGGUUGUGAGAUGAAGAAGAAGAUGAAAGAAGCGAUUCAUGAGGGUCUUGACUUGAGAAAUGGGAAGGUGCCUUUUCAUAUUCCGACUAUUCGGAAGCCUCAGUAUGUGUACAAGAUUGUGGUUAAUAAUUCAAACCAGCCUUUUCAGCAUGUUUGGUUGCAGAAGAGUGAUGAUGGUCAAAGGUUUAUCCAUCCACUGGAAAAACUCUCUGUUUUGGAUUUUGUUGAUAAAGAAAAUAUUGAGGAUCUUGUGCCAGUAAAGCCUCUUUCAAUCGAAUGCACCCCUUUCAAGCUUGUGGAGGAAAUCAAAGGAUUGAAGGAGUUGGCUGCUAAGCUGCGUUCUGUUAAUGAAUUUGCGGUGGAUUUAGAACAUAAUCAAUUUCGGUCUUUCCAAGGUUUGACAUGCUUGAUGCAAAUCUCAACCAGGACUGAAGAUUUUGUUGUAGAUACUUUGAAGCUUCACGUUCAUAUUGGGCCGUACCUUAGGGAAGUCUUCAAGGACCCUACCAAGAAGAAGGUCAUGCAUGGAGCAAAUCGUGACAUUGUGUGGCUACAACGGGAUUUUGGCAUUUAUGUUUGUAAUAUGUUUGAUACUGGCCAGGCUUCAAGAGUGUUAAAAUUGGAUAGAUAUAGUUUGCAAUAUCUUUUGCAACACUUUUGUGGGGUUACUGCAAACAAAGAGUACCAGAAUGCAGAUUGGAGACUACGCCCUCUCCCCGAUGUGAUGAUAAGAUACGGCAGAGAAGAUACACACUAUCUGCUUUAUAUAUAUGAUUUAAUGAGGAUCAAGUUAUUUGCAUUGUCUAAGGAGUCUGAAAGUUCUGAUAAUCCUCUGCUGGAGGUUUACAAGCGCAGCUAUGAUGUCUGCAUGCAGCUAUACGAGAAAGAUCUUCUGACAGAAAAAUCAUACCUUAAUAUACAUGGGUUACGAGGGGCUGGUUUUAAUGCUCAGCAGCUUGCCAUUGUUUCAGGGCUUUAUGAAUGGCGUGACAUUCUUGCUCGUUCGGAGGAUGAGAGUCCUGGCUAUGUUUUGCCAAAUAAAAUUAUUCUUGAAAUCGCUAAGCAGAUGCCUGUCACUACAAGCAAUCUACGGCGAUUGUUAAAGUCAAAGCUCCCAUAUGUUGAGCGCAAUAUUGAUGUCAUUAUCAACAUUGUCAGAUAUUCUAUGCAAAAUGCUCCUGCCUUUGAAGAAGCUGCACUAUGUUUGAAAGAAGAACAUGCAGCACGUGUGACAAAAACAGUUCCUGUUGAGGAUGGAACUGAAGCUCCCUUACCUCAUAGCCCAAUUGCAGCUGAAGGAAGCAUUGGAAUUGAAAAUGCCACCUCUGUUAAUAUUUCAGAGAAGUCUCUGUUUACUUCUGAGCUGAAGGAGGAACCUUUUCAGCAUCAAGAUAAAAAUGGACAAGUAGAAGUUAAAUCCAAUUGUCUUACUUCAGAGCUUCCAAGGGUUAGUCUCACUAGGGAGGAUGCAAAUGUUAGUGCACUCUCCACAGUCAAGGGUAAUGGAGGAAAUGUUCAGGCGCUAAAAAUGCCUACUGGUGCUUUUUCUGCGGCAUUGCUGGGCAAUUCAGCUUCAGAAAGGAAGGUUGAUCCUGAUAAAAAGGGCGAGGAAGAGAUCAAGGUAGAGCAGAUUAGGUUGUCAGUCAAUCUUCCUUCCCAUUCAUUUUUGGGCAACAGUGAGGAGUCAAAACUAGUUGUAGAAACACCAAGUGUAGCAUCUGAAACAACAGACCCACAGAAACCAGUUUCAGGUUCAGUUUCCACCUUCACUCCGCAUCAGAUUAUAACGAUAGACUCUGAUACAGAUUAGGAGGAUAUGGUGCAGAAUAACCUAGAAAGCUCCAACAAUCACCCGGAGGGAAAUUUUGUUGUGCUCACUUCAGGAAAAGAGGAUGAAGAUGAGCCAAUGUCUCUGUCGGAAUUAUGAUAAUUUUUAAAAAUAGAGAUUUAGGUCUAAAUUUAGGUAGAGAAGGAGGAAAAUAAAAAUAAUAAGAUUAUAUUGACAUUGUUGUGAAUAAUCUGUUGGAAUUAUCAUAUUUUGAAAUUAUAAAGAUUUAGGUAUAGGAGAAAAGCAAAUAAUUAAAAUAAUAGAAGUAUAUUGAUAUUGUUGUGAAUAAUGUGAUAUGAAGCAAAAUAAAAGACAAACAUUGAUUUUUAUUAUACUAAUGGCAAACUCUUAAAAUCAUGAAAUAUAAGGAUAUAUGGAAUCUUAAGAGAUCAUGUAAGAUGUUCUAAAUUAUGUUUAUGAAAAAACUCCAAACUAUUGUAAGAUCUAAGAUAUAAUCAUAGGGAUAGGUUAUUCUGCCUACUCUUAAUUUGGCUACCUUUGCCUACCUUUUUCAACACCAUUAGAUUAUAAUCUCAUCUAACGGUGGAGAUUUGUAGUAUAAAAUAAACCUUUUUACCCCUUUCAUUCUCCUUCCUGCCUCUCACCCUUUCUCUCUCCUUUUUUUCUCUAUCGACCAAGACUGAGACAAUUUAUUGUAUUGUAGAAAGUGUAUUCAGCGUUUCUCUUUUAAAUAAUAACAUAUGAUGAUGCAACUCAUUGUAUUGUAGAAUUGUAGCAAUUGAAUCAGCAAAACAAAAAAACCGAUUAAUGAAUUUGUGCCUACAACUCAUUAUAUUGUAGAUAAAUCAAUCAAAAAUUUUGUUUUCUUUCUCAACCAUGGAGAUCUCCACCCUCAUUUGCACCAUUCAACAAUUUAGAGGUCCUUGAUCUGAAAAUUCCCCUUUUUAUUUAUUGGAUUUUCUUCAUUUUGUUGGUGAUUGGAAUUAUGGGGAUGAGGCUGCACCUUUUUGCUAUCUCUGCCUUAAACCUGGUUUCGGUGUUUAGAAUUACUGGUUUUACAGUAAAACGAAUUAUGGAAAAAGGAGAGAAGAGAGAAAGGGUGUAGGAGGCACUGGGGAGAAAGAAAGAGGAAAAAUAGUUUAUUUUAUUCCGCAAAUCUCUACCGUUGAAUGAGAUUAUAAUCUAACGGUGUUAAAAUGGUAGGCAAAGGUAAGCAGAAUAAAGGUAGGUAGAAUAACUUAUCCCAUAAUCAUAAUAUUAUAAAAUAUUUUUCAUAUAUCCUAACACUUUCAAUCUAAAGCUUAUGAAGUUUUAAGCUUAUUACAGUAUCUUAAAAAUAAAAAAAUAAUCAACAAUAGAAUAUGGGACAAAGACUGAUUGUAUAUUCUAAAACUUUCAAAAAUGCUUUCAGUCAAACAAUCAAAAUAACAACCAGACAGACUGAGAAAACCGAAGAAUCCAGUGUUUUGAAGUGGAUUUUGAAGUGGGAAGACAAGAAGUUAGCUUUGGAGAAGAUAAAGAAAUUGUGUCUUCCCAGGGUGAUGGUCUUGUGGAGCUACAUAGACUCAGUAACAAGAUGAAAAGUUUAACCACAAAACGUGGGGGACAUACAAGUGAUCUGACAAAAUAAUUGCAGCAAUGUUGAUUGUUGAAGAUGUCAGGCAUUUCUAGCUUCUGGAAUCGAAGUGCAUACUUCCUGUGAUUAAAUGCAAAUAGGUUAGAUUAUAUGCUAUGUACAAAACUAACAAGAAAGCUAGAUGUUGCCUUUAUCAGUGUGUUCGAAUCCAAGUUGAGCAAAAUGAAGAUCAUUUAUCUGUUCCUUUAACUGUUCAAAUCUUUUAAUUAAAAGUUUAUCAGUGUGUUCGAAUCCAA